GGAGGAGAAGGAGGAGUGGAAGUGAGCCGGCUCGGCCCAGGCCUGCAGCCCGCACGGGAGAGCCCCCCGGGGGCGGGCCGCGGCGGCAUGCGGCUCCCCGUCCGGCUCGGCCCGCUCCGCAGCACGCCCCUGGCUGCCCGGCCGCCGGGGAGGGGCAGGGCCAGGGCCAGGGCCGGCGGGCGGAGAGCCUUCAGCCGCGGGCGGCCCGGCGGCACCAUGGCUGAGGAGGCCAAGAGGCUGGCAGCCUGCGCGGCGGUGGACAAGCACGUCCAGAACAACCAAGUUCUUGGCAUCGGGAGUGGUUCUACAAUUGUCCACGCAGUGCAUCGAUUAGCUGAGCGGGUUAAACAAGAGAACCUGACAAUUGUCUGCAUCCCUACGUCUUUCCAGGCCCGUCAGCUGAUCCUGCAGAAUGGCUUAACACUAAGUGACCUGGACCGACAUCCAGAGCUUGAUGUUGCCAUUGAUGGAGCGGAUGAGGUGGACUCUGAUCUUAACCUGAUCAAAGGAGGCGGUGGUUGCUUGACACAGGAGAAGAUAGUUGCAGGAUAUGCAAAAUGCUUCAUUGUUAUUGCUGAUUACAGGAAAAAAUCAGAGAGCCUUGGGGAGCAGUGGAAGAAGGGAAUCCCUAUUGAAGUCAUCCCCAUGGCUUACGUCCCUGUCACCAGAGCCCUGACCAAAAACUUUGGAGGUGCUGCAGAGCUGCGGAUGGCUGUUAGCAAAGCAGGUCCCGUGGUGACAGACAAUGGGAACUUCAUCCUGGACUGGAAGUUUGACAAGGUUCACGAGUGGAGCAAAGUGAACACUGCCAUAAAAAUGAUACCAGGCGUGGUGGAGACGGGGCUGUUCAUCGACAUGGCGGAGGUGGUGUACUUCGGCAUGGAGGACGGCUCGGUCAGCGUGCGGGAGAAGCAGCCUCGCUGAUGGCGGCGGUUCGGCCCGCUCCGCUUUGCCUUCGGCCAGUUUGAUUCAGCUGUUGUAACGGUGCCAACCUGACGUUAUGCCUUAAGAGCAGCGGUUAUCGCAGGAGGUGGACGGGGAGUCGGUCAGAAUCCGCUGAUAUGAUACUGAAUGUCUUUUUAGAAAAACAAAACAACAAAAAAAAAGAGAUGCUCUAUUUCCAGAUAUAUAUAUAUUUUUACUUUACAAGAAUGUUGUCCUUUUUUUAAAGAAUCAGUUAAACGAAUUGCUUUAACGUUUUUAUUUUAUUUUCUAAGAAAUAUUUACCAAAAAAAAAAAGAAUACUUUUUGAAUUCUGUUGUUGUUUUCUGUUUUUCCUUUUUUUGAACUGAACUUGAACCUUCCUGGUCGCUCUUAGUGCUCGGUGAUUGGUGUUACUGUCCUAAUAAAUCAUCCUUAACCACUCUGGCUGGGAGGAUGAUGUGCAUAAUGGGAGCACAUCCAGUUGGGACCGACUGAUGCCUUAUUUGGAACCUUUUUGGUUCGGUAUUUUAUGCCUUUUAUUUUUCUAUACCACUGUUUUUUAAUAGUUGAGGAUGUCUAGUUAAUCCUCUGUGCAUAUGACAAAUCUCUGAGCCUAAGGACAUUGCAUCCCUGUGUCUGGGACAUUAAAAGGGGCCUUUUUGGGGCCUCUGUGUGGAAGAGAUGUUCAUCCUUUGAGCCAAAUUCUGUUCUACAACUGCAUUGAUCUAGUACCUCUGAUUAAAGUCUGUUCCAGUAGCUGGAGAUAUUCGGGAUUUCAUCCUUGUAUAAUGAGAGCAGAACUGGGCACUUGAUGAAGUUUACAAAAGCACAUUUGAGCAUUUUAGGGCAGUGUUCAGUGGCAAAUUAUUUGGUUUAGAAUGAAGGUUAAUUAUCACCUCUCACAGCUGGUUGAUUUGUAGAAGGAUAGAGUGGAAUGCAAGGGAAAACCGAGUCUUCCUGCCUAAGUUUACCAUAUGUAGCAGGAGAGAGACACUUGUUCAGUAUCUUGUUCUCUGUGUAUAGGUGCUUUGCAUGAUUCUGGUGUCAAAAUGCAAGCCCUCUUUUUGUGUAAUAGACACUGAAAUAAAGAGCUGUUAUAACAGA